AUGACAAACUACUACAAUAAGCUUUCCCAGAUUUCCGAGGCUUCUUAUAACCCCGACGUCAAGGCUUGGCGUUUCAGAGUCAAAGUACACAGGGUCUACCCUCUCUAUUCCUCGGUUACCAUAAAGGUUAUGCCUUUCUAUUCCUAUGUCCUAGCAGAUGAAGAUGGGUGCAAGAUGGAGAUGACCGUUUAUGGGGAUUAUGAAAGUUUUAGAGGCCUCGAAAACAAGGAGGGAGAAUGGGUGGAAAUCUUUCGGGUAGGAGUUGAACGUUCCUGUGUAGGUUUCAAUGCAACUAACUCUCGGUUCAGACUAACUGCUUCGCGACUCACACAAGUCCGCAUGAUCGAUCCUCUGAACAAUCGGCUUUUCAUGGACUUCAAGAACAUCCAUGCAAUCCCUCACAUGUCCCACAGGGAACGAAACUAUCCCAUAGAUACAAUUGGAGUGGUCUUCAAUACCGAAGCCCGUUUCGAUGACCCUGCAAGACCAACGAUGAUUUUUUACAUAAGGGACAACAUUGACAGCCAGAUUAAAUGUGUGGCAACUGGCAAGCAGGCCUAUGCCUUCCGGGAUGGUCUUGAAAAUGUGGAAGGUGGACAGGUGAUUGUGGCCCUUAAGAUGUGGAAGGUCUGCAAGUGUUGGAAUUUAUUUGAUCCUCCUGAUCUAUGGCUUGAGACCGAAGGUGGACUUUCAGACUUCAGGUUCAAUCCGCGUUUGACCGAGGUUGAGGACUUCAGGCAGUCUCUACUAAACAGCGACCCUUAUGUUCAAAAAAACAGACCUUUUUGA